AUGAUCGCUACCGAGCUCCAAGCCGUGGCCAAUAGCCGUAGGGGGGACCACUUCGAUGCCCUCCAGUUUGUGCACCACGCCCCGAAACCCCGAAACGCCGACUUGAGCGCCGCCGCGCCGUUCUUGCCGCUGUGCAUGCGCUGCUUAGCUCAUAAACUUCAAGCGUCCCCUCCCCCGGUCUACAGUUCUUUGCUCCACGGGUAUUGA